AUGCCUGCCGGAAAGGGUGACUCGAAGAAGGGCGCCAGCCUGUUCAAGACGCGCUGCGCUCAGUGCCACACCGUCGAGAAGGACGGCGGCAACAAGGUCGGCCCCGCUCUGCACGGCCUGUUCGGCCGCAAGACCGGCUCCGUCGACGGCUACGCCUACACCGAUGCCAACAAGCAGAAGGGCAUCACCUGGGACGAGGGCACUCUGUUCACCUACCUGGAGAACCCCAAGAAGUACAUCCCCGGCACCAAGAUGGCCUUUGGUGGCCUGAAGAAGGACAAGGACCGGAACGACCUGAUCGCGUAG